ACACUGAAGAGGGACUCUACUGGAUCUGGUUCUGAGGUUCUGCUCGGAGGUCUGGAUCAUGGUGGAGCCAACAUCUAAACCAGCUGCUGUUCUUCUGCUGUUUGUCCUGCACAGCUGCCUGGCAGACCAUGUCUUCCUCGGGUCCCAGCUCGCCUCGCAGGUUCUGGUCAGGAGCCGCCGGGCCAAUUCUCUGUUUGAGGAGCUGAAACCAGGGAACCUGGAGAGAGAGUGUGUGGAGGAAAUCUGUGACCAUGAAGAAGCCAGAGAGGUGUUCGAACAGACGGACAAAACAGAAUACUUCUGGGGGAAAUAUUUGGACUGUAAAGGAACAGAGUUGCCAAGAACACAGGAUAACAUCGACCUCGUCAGACAAUGCAUCGACGGUGAGUGUAUCUCUGGUACAGGUGUGAACUAUGCAGGAAACAUCAACAUCACAGUAUCAGGGAGAGAGUGUCAACGCUGGGGCCACAGCUUCCCACAUCCCAUCAUCAGGGAGUUUAAUGCUUCGGAACCAAACAGCAUCCUGCAGGAGAACUUCUGUCGAAACCCGGACAAGCGUCCAGAGGGACCGUGGUGUUUCACCAAAGACCCGACGGUCCAGAAGGAACUCUGCAGGGUCCCGAGAUGUGGUGAGGCCUUCAUCCCGCCCACUGUGGCCCCAGAAGCAGCCAGCUCUGGGGACUGUUUACCAAAUUUUGGCACAGACUACAUUGGUGAACUGUCCGUUAGCAUGGGAGGCCACACCUGUUUGCAGUGGUCAUCGUCAGAGGCAAAGGCGCUGAGCCAGGACAAAGAGUUCAUCCCGGAGGUUAUUCUGCAGGGCAACAAGUGCCGUAACCCUGACAACGACCCAGAGGGCCCCUGGUGCUACGUGGAGAUUUCUGGAAAUGUGACGGUGGACUACUGCAACCUGGAUCUGUGUGAUGACCCCUUGCUUAAUGAUGACUUGACAACAGAGACUGCAGCCAUGGAGCGAUCUGUCCUGACGCCCGCCAAGAAGACGUUUUUCAACCCUCGCACCUUCGGAGAAGGAGAGGCUGUGUGUGGACAGCGCCCCCUGUUUGAAAAGCUGAACAAAAAAGACACAAAGGAGGUGGAGCUGUUGGAGUCGUACAGAGAACAACGCAUCGUUGGGGGCGACGAGGCCGACGUGGCCUCUGCACCAUGGCAGGUGAUGCUGUACAAACGCAGCCCGCAGGAGCUGCUGUGUGGAGCCAGUCUCAUCAGCAACGAAUGGAUUCUCACUGCGGCUCACUGCAUCCUCUACCCACCCUGGAACAAGAACUUCACCAGUGAAGACAUCCUGGUCCGCCUGGGGAAACACAAGAGGGCCAAGUUUGAGCAGGGUGUCGAGAAGAUCGUGGCCAUCGAUAAAAUCAUCGUGCACCCAAAGUACAACUGGAGGGUGAAUCUGAACCGGGACAUCGCUCUGCUGCACAUGAGGCGGCCGGUCGCCUUCAGCAAUGAGAUCCACCCCAUCUGCCUGCCCACCAGGAAGGUCGCCAGGAUGCUGAUGACUGAGGGCUAUAAGGGUCGUGUGACCGGUUGGGGGAACCUGAAGGAAACCUGGAACCCAUCAGCCAGAAACUUACCUUCAGCCCUCCAGCAAAUCCAUCUACCAAUCGUGGAUCAGGACACCUGCCGCAUGUCCACAACAGUCAGGAUCACAGACAACAUGUUCUGUGCUGGUUAUAGACCGGACGAUGUCCAGCGUGGGGACGCCUGUGAGGGAGACAGCGGUGGACCGUUUGUGAUGAAGUAUCCGGAGGAGGACCGCUGGUACCAGAUGGGCAUCGUGUCGUGGGGUGAAGGCUGCGACCGCGAUGGAAAGUACGGCUUCUACACUCACCUGUUCAGGAUGACCAAGUGGAUGAGGAAAACCAUCGAGAACGUCGGAGGAGACGACGACGACUAGACACAUUUCCUGUUCUGCUUGGUCGAGCAACACGAUGCUAAUAAAGUUUGUUCACA